UUUCGUAAUUCACGUACUACGAGAAAGCGAGGAUAAAUAAACAUACGUGAAGGUAUUCAUCAGUCGUUAUUAAUUAGCGUGCACCGCUGCGCAUCAGUAUUCAGUAUUCAUGUUUUGUCACCGCAGGCGAUAUUGACAAUGCGUGUGGCUACAUAUACACGUAUGUAACUCGCGCGAGUUACUCCGGACAUUGUUACGCGAGAUUAUGGGCAGAAUAACGCGGAGAUCCACCGACCAAGAGAAGCCGCAGAGGAAACGACGGAAGAAGGACCUCGAUAAGUUACACUCGAGGAUCCUGCAGGCCAAGCGGAAGCUGGAUGAUUUUGGAAAGAGUGAUAAGAAAGAACAGAAAAAGCAAGGCCGAUCAAAAAUCUGCAAUAGACUUUUGCCAGAACUUGCCUCUGGCAUAUACAGAAAUGGUACAAAGGGUAAAGAUGUCCAAAAAGCAGAAACAAUGGAAAAUACAUACCAUAAAGCCCGGCUAAAUGCAGAUGCGUUGAAACUUCUCAAUGGCGAUACUCCUAAAUCCAAGGAUAUAACAGGGAUACCAGUAAAGAAUGAAACUGCUAAACAAUCAGCAAAUAAAGAUUGUAUAAAAAAUACUUUAGAAUUGGAAUUGGUUGACCUGUGUAAUCAGGAGCUAAGUCCUAUUUUAGGAAAAAGUCAAAGUCAAAAUCAGAAGCUGUAUCUUGCUAAAAAGAAAGGUGAAGAAAAUAUCUUCGAAGACACAGAUUUCAGUAAAACUAAAAAACAAAAUAUCAAUAACAAAUCAAGACAUGUUCAAAAAGAAGAUAUAUGUAAACGAAGACUGUUCCAAAAUGAUAGAGAGCUGUUAGAAACUAUUACUACUACUUCAACAGAAAUAUUUGAUGACACUGACCUUACAAACGAAAAAAAAACUAACGACAAAGAUUUAUUGUGUGACCCAUUAAGUCGCUAUAUGGAAUUCUGCAAAAUCUCUGCUAAAAAUUUUGAAGCAGAUGUUCUACCAAAUUAUCCCUCAGAUCCUCUUACAUCAACAAUUAAUAAAUUAAAACAUGCUUAUGCUGAUUCUUUUCGUCAACAACUUUUGCGCAGAAAGAAAAAACAAGAAUUGGAAAAUCUAGAUUCUACAUACUCUGUAGAACAUCAAGCUUGUGUAUCUUCGGAUAUUUCGCAAUUAUCACCUGUUGAAUUCGAAGUUCCUAAGUGUAGCGAAAACCAUACUAUCGCAGCUCGUCUUCAAGAAGGUCUACUUCACAAAGAUAACAAAUCCCAUUUAGUACAAGAUACUAAGCUUAAAAAACACGAUGGCACAAUGGGUUUUAGUUUUUCUUGUUUAUUACGAAAAACUGUUACAAAUAACACAAAUGGUCCCGUUGUCGAAAAUUGCGAAAAUAACGAUAAUCAGUACUCGAAACAAUCUGAAAACGUUUGUCAACUUGCGAAAUCAACAAAUCUUUUUGUCAUAAACGAAAAAGAUUUAGCACAAUUGGAUUCUCAGAAAAAUCCUAACUGCAUUAAUGGUGAUGUGGAAGGCUUAUCUAAAAAAUAUGAAACUAAUCUAUUUAAUAGAAGCAACGGUAUCGAAAAAGAAUUAUGUAAAACUGCACUUCCAAAUUCAUUCAAAAAUCUUUCUACGCCUAGGAUUGUAAACGCGAUGAUUGAUCAAACUAAAAUAUUAGAGCCUCAAAUUGGAUCGAUGAAAAUAAAAGAUUCGCAAGAAUCUCAAGUCGAACAAUUUAAUAUAAAUAUGCAUCCAAAGGAAUAUAACGAAAGAAAUGAAUGUUACCGAUACAAUGAUUCUUUGUAUCCGCGAUCUUUUAAAGUUUCAUGUAAUACAAAUGCGUGUGCUGAAAAAUUACUUCAAGAACAAAUCUCAUCAGACAUAAGAAAACAUCAUCAUUCAAACUUAAAGUAUACCAAGAAUCAAAUUAAUGAAAAUGCGUGUCAUUGCAACGAACAAUAUAUUUAUUUCGAUUCUGCCAAUUGUCCACGUAAAUAUAAGGAACAAGCGCAUCAAUUUCAUAAAGAAAUUGCACAGCCUGAAAGUUUAUACGACACAAGAGGCUAUAAUAACAGCGUAGAUAAUUGCGUUAAUUUGUCUAACUCUACGCAAAAUGUGCCGUUGUUAACACUGAGGCAAAAAGAUGAUUUAUAUAUGUAUCCAAAAGCGAUCGACGAUCAGCAUCGCGCAGUGUUACUGCAAAAUGUCACUCAACCUGUAAAAUACUUAGCUGUCGACAAUGGUUCGAACAUCCAAAAAAUUCCUGUAUAUAUAAAUGACAGAAGUGUUAGAGUUGCGGAAAAUGUCCCGUUGAAGGUAAUAGCUGUAAUGGAUCCAAGUAUCCAAACAAAAGCAUUUCCGCAAGAAAUUGCAACGAAGGUAGUAUCAUUACAAACAGAUAAUUUACACUUUAAUAAUUUUGUAACACGUAAGAUAAACGAUCAGUCUUACGUAAAGCAUUUAGAUUCUGUGAACGCGAUAUUGUUAAAUUCAGAUUUAUAA